AUGGAAGAAGAGGCUAACACAUCAAUCAUCCUAGGAUGGCCGUUCCUAGCUACUGCUGGAGCCAUCAUGGAUGUGCCAAAAGGGGAAUUAGUCUUGAGGUUACAUGAAGAGAAGAUGGUCUUCAAUGUCUUUAAGGAAAUGAGUUAUCCCAAGGAAUCCAUAGGAGAAUGCAUGAUGGCAGACACCAUAGAACAGAUAGUUCAAGGGGUUUUGGAAGAAGAACAAUGUGAAGGAACUAUGGAAUUAGAACAACAAGCAUCAAGUGGAGAACUACCACCAGGAACCAUGGAGAAUUCAAUCAUGUUAAACCCUAAGGACAACAAGGAAAUGGAGGCACCAAAACUAGAGCUGAAGACCUUACCACCAAGCUUGAAAUAUGCAUAUUUGGGUGAUAACAACACUUACCCAUGUGCUGAUGGAAUCUUGAGAAGGUGUAUUUCCCAUGAGGAAGGACAUGAAGUGCUUUGGCAAUGUCAUGGAUCUGCAUAUAGAGGCCAUUAUAGUGGGGAAAGAACUGUAGCUAAGGUGCUGCAAUGUGGGUUCUACUGGCCAACCAUUUUCAAAGAUGCAAAGGAUUUGGUGUCAAGAUGUGAUGAAUGCCAAAGUGCUGGCAAUCUACCCAAGAGAAAUGAGAUGUCACAGAGGUUCAUAAUGGAGUUAGAAUUAUUUGACGUGUGGGGAAUUAAUUUUAUGGGACCAUCCCAUCCUCCUACUCAAACAAUUAUAUAUUGGUGGCUGUAG